AUGUCACAUGUAAUGGCUGUUGUAGUUACGACCAUUAACUCAAUCAAGAAUAAUGCAUUGAAGCAUCGACAAUUUCAGGAGUAUCGCCGUGAACUGGAAUUUGAAUAUAGUGAUCUACUUUUUUACGCUAAAAUUCGGUGGUUGAGCCGUGGAAAAUGCUUAGAAAGAUUUUGGAACUUAAGAGAGGAAAUUCGAAUUUUUCUGAAAGAAAAUGGCCAUGAUAUUACCGAAUUCUACGAUGAACAAUGGCUUCUAGAUUUAUGUUUUCUUACAGAUAUAACAACAAAAUUAAAUGACCUUGUGAAAAAUAAAAUGAUUACAGACUGCUAUCAAGAUAUAAAAUCAUUCGUAAUAAAACUCAAAUUUUAUGAAAGUCAAUUAAAGUCAAAAAAUGCCAUUAAUUUUCCACUAUUAAAUCAUUUUAAUAGGGAACAGAAAGAUUUUGCAAAAUAUGAAAACGAAGUCACAAAGUUGUUAAAAGUUUUCAAAGACAGAUUCUCGUAUAUGCAAAAGUAUGAAGAAAUUUUCAAUAUAUUCUCAAGUCCAUUUAACGUAGAUGUACAAUCACCACCUUCGAAUUUUCAAAUUGAAUUAAUAGAUCUCCAAUCAAACACGGAACGGAAAUACAUGUUUGAAGCCAAUGAUAAACUUGAAUUUUACAGAAAAUAUAUUCACGAUGAUAAAUUUCCUAAUCUGAAACAACUGGCAAUGUGCAUUACAGCUGCAAUUCUUUUUUCUCGAAAUUGA